AUGUUGUUCAACAAAUCCAAGUCGUUGUUGUUGUUGUGUGGUAUGGUGGUCUUGCUCUGUGGCAUGUAUGUCGCCGGAGAGAAGUAUCACUUGAUGUUCAAUCCAAAUCAUAGCGCUGAUAAACGAAAUGGAUUCAGAGAUUUAAACGCAUACACGAUGGUGAAAGAAACGAAAAUGACCAUCAUGGUCGGAGAACCAAUGGCUCAAGUUCAUUACGAAGAGACUAUCAACAAGACUGGCUGGGCUACUUUGAGUUUAUCAACAAACUCGGAUAGAAGUGAUGAGGAACAAGCUUUUGCUGCUGGUUUCGUUGAAGGCUAUGUGACUGGUGAAUUGUUCCAAAAUUACUGGAUUGGAUUUAAGCAAUAUACGUUUGAUACCAGCCAAAACAAGCAAUUAGAUGCUUUCCUUGAUGGAAAUUUCAGAUUCAUGAAGAGAAAAAUUGCUGAGGCUAAAAAUUCAACAAAUCCAGAAGAAAGAACUUAUUGGUAUCAUGUCUCGUUGAUUUUAGAUCAAGUAGAAGGAAUGUAUGCUGGAUACUUGAAAGUCAUGUCUGAAAAGGGAACCUUACCUGUGUUAUCAUUGGCAGAUUUGUUUAAAUUCCAACUUGAUGGAGACAUUGACGACUUGUCCAACAUGUGGAGUCCUCCUUCAUUUGAGACCAUGAGCAAAUUCGACUUGGAGAGUUAUGCCAUUUUCAAAACUAAAUGUAGUGCAUUCGUGAAAUACAGCAAGGACAGAAGAAAUUUGUUCUUGACCCAUGCAACCUGGGAUACAUUCCAAAACAUGUUGAGAGUUUACAAGCACUACAGAAUUAACUUUAAGAAUGUGCCAGCUAAGCUCGUCAGCUUCUCCUCUGCUCCUGGUUGGCUAGUAUCUGUGGAUGAUUUUUAUAUUACAUCUGCUGGUUUAGUCAUCACCGAGACAUCAAACAAUAUUUUCAACUUGACCCUUUAUCAAAAGACUACUCCAGAAACCUUAUUGUACUGGAUUAGAAAUAUUGUUGCAAACAGAUUAGCAACAUCUGCAAAGGAAUGGACUGACAUCUUUGCCAAAUAUAACAGUGGAACUUAUAACAACCAAUGGAUUGUAUUGGAUACAAAGAGAUUUGUUCCUGGUGCAACACGAUCUGAUCCAGAACUUCUCUACAUUUUGGAACAAAUUCCUGGUGAUUGCAAAGUUGCUAGUGUAAGCCACUUUUUGGACACUUCCUAUUGGGCUUCUUACAACAUUCCUUAUUUCCCAUAUAUUUAUAACAUUUCAGGUUAUCCAAGCCAGUACAAGAAAUUUGGAGAUUUUUGGAGUUACGAAAAUUGCCCAAGAGCCAAGAUUUUCAGACGUGAUGCUCCCUAUGUUGGAGAUCUUGAAGGGGUCAAGAGAUUGAUUAGAAAGAAUGAUUAUCAAUCAGAUCCAUUCUCAGAUGGUGAUGCUUGCCACCAAAUUGCUGCUAGAUGUGACUUGAAUCCUCCAAAUAAGAGAUCACAAGCAUUCGGUGCUAUUGAUGCUAAGGUCACUGACAUUCAGAUGGCAAAGACAAAUACUGCUGUCGCUCAAUCAGGCCCAACCCACGAUCAACAACCAGUAUUCACGUGGAACUCGCAAUGGGAUAAAGUUAAUAUUCACACUGAUCAACCAGUUAGCUUUGGCUUUGAUUGGGUUGAAAUGACUCCACAAGUUUAG